AUGAUGGUGACUUCAAGAAAACAAUAUGUCGUUUCCAGACUGGUGUACUCUGAAGACACCCUUGCUGAAGAUCAUGACAAAAUUAAGAGAAAACACAAAGCCCUCAUCGACCAUGUUAAGGAAUAUCUGACUUGUGAUGUGAAACGUGCCAAACAAGCAGUACUCUCUGUUCUACCUAUCAUUGGCUGGAUGAGGAUUUACAGAGUCAGAGAGUGGCUGUUGGGUGAUGUGGUGUCUGGGAUUAGCACUGGAAUGGUGGCCAUCAUGCAAGGACUGGCUUUCUCUCUGCUGGCCUCAUUGCCUCCCAGCUAUGGUCUCUACACAGCUUUCUUCCCAAUGCUAACAUACUUUUUUCUUGGCACUUCAAGACAUAUAUCUGUAGGCUCCUUCCCUGUCCUGAGCCUCAUGGUGGGAGCUGUAGUGACCCGCCUGGUCCCUGAAGAUGGACCACAUGCAAAUAUCACAGACUUUGAAGGUCUGACCCAGGACCAGCGGAGAGUCCUGGUGGCCUCUUCUGUGACAUUCUUGAUGGGGAUUUUCCAGCUUGCCAUGGGUGUUCUGCAGGUGGGCUUUAUUGUUGUCUACCUUUCAGACACUCUGGUGUCUGGCUUUACCACAGCAGCUGCUAUUCAUAUCAUGGUGUCCCAGCUAAAGUUUGUGUUGGGGUUGAGUGUUCUGGGAAUCAACGGUCCACUCGCUAUAAUAUAUUCCUUGGAAAAGAUCUUUGUCCAGAUCACCUCCACCAACAUCUGCGACCUAGUGAUGUCUAUAGUGAUAAUGGUGGUGGUGUUCAUUGUAAAGGAGCUUAACGACAGAUACAGAGCCAAGCUGCCAGUUCCGAUUCCAAUAGAAGUUAUAAUGACUAUUAUAACUUGUGGGGUGUCCUAUGGCUUCAACUUUGAAGAGAGGUAUAAUGUUCAAGUUGUUGGCAAAAUGGUUAGCGGAUAUGAGUCUCCUAUUCCACCUAGCAUCGAAGUCUUCCAGGAAAGUGCUCUGGAGGCCUUUCCUGUAGCCAUAGUAGGAUUUGCGGUGGCCUUUUCUGUGGCUAAAGUGUACUCUGUCAAACAUGAUUACCCCAUUGAUGGUAACCAGGAGCUUGUUGCGUUUGGGGUUAGCAACAUAUUCGGAGCAGCCUUCAGAUCUUUUGCAGCCAGCACGGCUCUCUCGAGGACUGCAGUGCAGGAGAGCUCUGGAGGCAAAACACAGAUUGCAGGGCUGAUCUCAGCGAUGAUGGCAAUGAUUGUAACAGUGGCCCUCGGCUUCCUGCUGGAGCCACUUCCAAGGUCUGUUCUGGGUGCCUUGGUAAUCGUCAACCUUAAGGGGAUGCUGAUGCAGUUCAGAGAAAUACCGUACCUUUGGAUGAGAGACAGACCAGAAUGUGUGGUGUGGGUCGGAACGUGCCUGGGUGCCAUUCUGCUUGGACUGGAUCUUGGUCUGGCCUUGGGUUUGGGCGUAGAGCUUCUAACUGUUGUCUUCAGGGCUCAAUUCCCCCGCUGUUCCAUUUUGGCUAACAUCCCUGGCACUGACCUCUACAAAGAUAAGAAGGAUUACCUGCAGAUAUUUGAAACAGAGGGGGUAAAAAUCUUCCGGAUACCUUCACCAAUCUUCUUUGCCAACAUUGAGUUCUUCAGGAACAAGCUCAUAGAAGCCGUUGGGUUCAACCCACUGAGGGUUUUACAGAAGAGGAACAAAGCGCUCAAAAAAAUCAAGAAACUGUUACAGAAAAGGGAUCAUGACAUCACAGAGAAAGGCUUAGAAAAUUUGUUCUGGACUGCAACUGAUGACACAGAGGAGCUGGACCUGCCAACAGAUCUGAAGGACCUUCCAUUUCAGAUGAACUGGAACGCUGAGCUUCCUUCGGAGAUCAGUGUUCCCAGAGUGAACCUCCACAGUCUGAUCCUGGACUUCUCUGCUGUUUCCUUCUUGGACAUUUCUGCGAUGAAAGGACUCAAAAUGGCAUUUAAGGAGUUUAUCCGAGUUGAUGUGGAAGUUUACAUAGUUUCAUGUGACGCCCUCAUUCUGGAGAAACUACACAGCUGCAUGUUCUUUGAUGAUGAGAUUCAGACAUCCAUGUUCUUCCCAUCCCUGCAUGAUGCCAUGCUGCAUGUGCUUGAAAAACAUAAGAACCACAGAACUGGCGAUGUGUUGAAAGACACCAAACUGUAAAGGCGGGACUGCUGCAACCAGGAAAAUCAACUCAAUGAAAAAUUACACUGGAAUAGUUCAAGCUCCAUUUUAAUUAUGUUCACUCACUGUGUACCACUGUGCAUUGGUUUUUGCUUUACUGUUUGUUGUAAAUGCAGUUUAAAUCCUUUUUUUUCUUUAAUAUCCUCCCAUUACAGACAAUUUGAUUUCAUCUAACAAGCACUGUUAUGCUGUUGUGAACAACUUCAGUUUUUCUAAUUCACCGCAAUAAGUGUCACAUGAUACACGGAAAUGCAUUAGUCACUCUGUUGUAAUGGGUUUGUAAAUAUUAAACCAAGGCACCAAAUAUAGGAACUGUGCAGGAGAGAAAAAGCUUUAUCAAUAAACCUAAUAAAAUGUGUCAAGCAAGUAUAUUGGAAUAAAUAAAAGUAAAAUAUCUCC